CAUCACGACAAGCUUCUACUUUGCGGCAUUCUGUGAACUACAGUUGCGCAGUCGCAGUUUGCUGACCUUCCAUGGUUCUGCAAGCAUGGCUGUCCGGGCACUUACGAGAGGCCUUUUAGGGUUCCGAUACUCACGGGCUGCCACCGUAGCAUCCCCCUGUGGUGGACAUCACUAUGUGACAGCACCGUCUGCGAAGCCACCUCAACCCCAGGCUGGCGAUGUUACAGAAAAAAUAUUAAACCAGCCCCUCGAGAAAGCAGACUUUUUUCGUGUGGCUGAGCUUUUCUCCUUGAAAGACUUAUUCGACGCCAGAGUGCAUCUUGGUCACAAAAAAGGUUGCAGGCACAGGCUCAUGGAGCCGUAUCUCUACGGCUGUCGUUUGGAUCAUGACAUUAUCAAUCUGGACCAGACUAUGGAGCACCUUCAGCUAGCCCUCAACUUCACCGCCCACAUAGCGUAUCGCGGUGGCAUCAUCCUGUUUGUCAGCAGGCAGCGUCAGUUUGGCCAUCUGGUAGAGACCACGGCCAAAGAUUGUGGAGAGUAUGCGCACACGCGGUACUGGCAGGGCGGCCUCCUCACCAACGCCAACAUCCAGUACGGCCCAGGAGUCCGCCUACCGGAUCUCAUCAUAUUCCUUUCAACUCUCAACAACGUCUUUCAGCAGCACGUGGGCAUCAGAGACGCAGCCAAGAUGAACAUUCCCACAGUGGGUGUGGUGGACUCAAACUGCAACCCCAGCCUGGUGACGUACCCCGUGCCCGGGAACGACGACACUCCAGCUGCCGUCGAGCUCUAUUGUCGUUUGUUUAAGAUGACCAUCAACCGUGCCAAAGACAGAAGGAAACAGAUGGAGCUCAUUCAUGGUCUGUCAGCGCCCACCUCGCAGAUCUCAUGAUAUUAAUACUUAAAUUUAAACAAAAAAACAAGAGACGUUGAAAAGCCUACAUUCUUUAAUCUGAAGCUCAUCAACUGUGUAGUGUAUCCUGUUUUAUGUUGAUACACUACAAAUUUGAAAUAAAUUUUGGCUUCCUCCUUCCAUUACACAUCUGCACUUGGAAAACAUCUGGUUUAACAGUCAGUAAAAUAUGGCUCAAAGUUAACAUUGGUGCAAAUUUAUGUGAAUAUCACAGCUGUAAAUCGCUGAAAUAACAAAGUGGUGAUCCAUUGUUGAAAUCCUGGCGUGGGAGAGUGAUGAUCAUUUGCAGUUGCAGACUGAAAGAAAAGUAUCUGAGUCAUUUUCACAACUGUAUUUGCUCUCUUGCGGUCUAUGUAAGUGUUUAGGCCAUGAAAUGUGUUUCUGUAAACAAAAAUACCUCUGCAGAAAGUCAGCCAAGUGAUGCAGAACAUAAGCAACCUAUGAACUACACAUGAACAUUAAUUAAAAGCAGUUUCUGAAAGUGUACACUGAAGUAAUGCCUGUUCAUCUAGUUAGGAAUGAAACAAGCAGGAUUAAUACAUAUAUACAUACACUGGAGGGAUGCAGCAUCAUUUAAAGAAGAGUAUACAUGGAUAUUGAAUGAACUAAUCUGAAGCCUUGAGUCUUUAAUGUGUAGCUCAUCAGCUGUAUAGUGUAUCCUAUUUCAUGUGACGUUUGCGGCAGUUGGUUAAGUUUAGUUUCUCCCAGCUUCCGUAGUUGUAUCCUGUAGCGACCUUCUAUGGCCACGAGGUGGAUAAGUAGCUGUCACGUCAAAACGUUCUUCCAGUCAACUUUUUGAAGGCGAGGCAAAUGUUCACAUGAAUCUUACUAAGAGGAACGAAAACGUUAAGGCCACAGACAGAGGGGGCUGGUCAGGAUGUACCGUCCAGCUCUUGGAAAACAGAUUUUAAUGAAGCAACGAAAAACUUCCAUUGAUAAAUAUGAGGAGAGAAGAGGUGCCAUUGCUUUACCUUCAUGCAGAUGAAGGCGGUUGAGCUGAAGUGAAGGCCGUUCACAGGAUGGUAACAGAUGUCAAGGUUUGCACUUUAAUGGUUCAGACACGCUUGUGGAGCAGCAGCGGCUUGGCUUCAGGAAGGUGACUACCCAGUGUGCCUCAGGGUUGGAGACGAUGUUAUUUCCAGGAGCUCUAACGAUUCCUCACCACCUGACUCCUCCAUUCAGCUUGCUCUCUCUUCAUUUCUUGAUUUCCUGUUCGAGCAUUUCAUCCGCCUUACUUCCAUUAGUUUGUUUUUCUUUUGCUUAACUGUUGAAGACAUUGUUUUUUCAGUUGUAUUUUUCAUUUUGAUUACGUGCAUAUGAAGCGUAAUGUCCUCGUUGCGCGUAAUCACAUAUGAAAGAUUACUUUGGCAAUUGCAUUUGUGGUGAGUGCUAUAUCAGCUUUUCCCACAAUCAAAUCACUCUGAUGAUCAUAUGAUAAAGGCAAGUGUUUGUGUGUGUCGAUCCAUUCCCUAGGAAAUGAUGAUUUCCUUUCCUGUUUGCUCACAUUUACAAACGGAAAAUAUGUAAUGGGAGCUUUUACUUGACUACUUAGCUGGUGUAGAAUUUGACAUGCAUGAAACAGAAAAUGUAAUAAAAUAAAUUGACAUGAAAUAAAAUUAUUUUCCUGAAA